GGAAGUGAGAAGGAAACCAUGCAAAAUCUCAAUGACCGUCUGGCUUCAUACCUAAACAAUGUGCAGGAUUUAGAAGACGCCAAUGCUGACCUUGAAUCCAAAAUUAAGGCUUGGUAUGAACAGCACUGCAAUGAUAACAAGCAAGUGAAGGACUACUCCAAAUAUUUCAAAAUCAUUGAGGAUCUCAAGAAGCAGAUUCAAGCAGCCACUCUGGAUAAUGCAAGAAUUGUCCUCCAAGUUGACAAUGCCCGUUUGGCAGCUGAUGACUUCAAGAUGAAGUUUGAAAAUGAGUUGAGCCUCCGUCUUAAUGUGGAAGCUGAUAUUAAUGGCCUGCGUAAAGUACUGAAUGAGCUCAGCUUGGCUAAAUGUGACCUUGAAGCUCAGAUUCAAAGCUUGACUGAGGAGAUCGGGUGUCUCAAGAAGAACCAUGAAGAGGAAAUGAAGAGCUUCCUAGGGGUCACAGGACAACUCUCUGUGGAGAUGAAUGCUGCUCCAGGAAAUGACCUCACUAAAAUCCUGAAUAAUAUGAGAGCUGACUAUGAAAGCUUAGCAGAGAAAAACAGAAGGGAGGCUGAAGCUCAAUUCAUUGAAAUGAGUCGAGUCCUCAAACAGGAAAUUUCAUCUGGUACUGAGCUUAUCCAAUCUACCAGAAAUGAAAUUAUUGAUCUGAAGAGGUCCGUUCAAUCUCUAGAGAUUGAACUACAAGCCGCCCGUGCAAUGAAAACAACACUGGAAAGCUCCUUGGCAGAGACAGAAGGAAGCUACUGUCUGCAGCUUGGGCACAUUCAGGCAAAAAUAAGCAACUUGGAGGAAAUGUUGUGUCAAGUUAGGACAGAAAUGGAGAGUCAAGGCAUCGAGUAUGACCACCUUCUGGACAUCAAGACUAGGCUGGAGAGGGAAAUUGAAACCUACCGCUGCUUACUUGAUGGACAGUCCAUCCCAUACAAGAACAAGCCACAAAAGUUCCGAAAGGUAAGGACCAUUAUUGAGGAAGUGGUUGAUGGAAGAACAGUGUCCCAGCAAGUUAGGGAACGCGAGGAGAAGGUCUGAUUGGUACCGUGAAGCCCUCCUGUAUCUUUUACACUCCCUACAAUCUCCUGAAACUCUUCGGAUGUCCCCAUGAAGCUUACC